AUGCCCUCCACCACAUACUCCUCCACGCCGCCCACAAUCACACCCGCCUCGCGCGAGGGCGAUGCCAACUACAAGCAGCCUAUAUUUCCACUAGGUCCCUUUACGAAGUAUGCUGGCAAUCCAUUGCUGGUUCCCAACCCGGCAAACGAGUUCGAAUCGGCAUACAUUUACAAUGCCGCGGCCAUUGUCCUGGAUGACACAGUGUUUUUGCUCUAUCGCGCCCAGAACGCUGCCAAGGUAUCCACUAUUGGACUGGCAUGGUCGUCGGAUGGCUAUGAAUUCACACGCCUAGAUCGUCCGAUACUAGAACCAAGCAAGCCCUGGGAAAUGGGCGGUGGUGUCGAGGAUCCGCGUGUUGUGCGCAUCGAUGGUGUCUUCUACAUGACCUACACUGCGUGGGAUCUCAAAGUGCCGAAACUCUGCCUGGCAACAUCCACAGACCUGGUACACUGGGAGAAGCAGGGUGGACCACUGUUUCCGGAUUUCAUAGAUAUCGAUAACACUCUGGAUGGACGGACUGAGAUCCGGUUCGGUCACUCUAAAUCCGGUGCAAUCUUCCCAGAGAAAACGGCAGAUGGAAAGUUUAUGAUGAUAUUUGGCGAGGCAUACCUCUGUGUGGCGGAGAGUGAAGAUCUGAUCCACUGGCGCGCAUGGCCCUUCAAUAAGUACUUUGCAACCGGAGUCCAUGAAUGGGAAAAUCGACUGCUGGAACCUGGGCCAACCCCUGUCAAAACUCGAGACGGCCGAUGGAUUCUGGUGUACAAUGUUGCCACGCGCGGUGCCCCAGGAUUCCACAACAACCAGUACUCCAUAAGCCAGAUGCUGAUCGACCUCGAGCACCUCAGCGAUGGCCCGCUGGCGCGUCUUGACCGGCCAUCGGUUGUUGUGUCAGCGAAGAACGAGCACCUUGGGCAAGUCAACGAGGUUGUUUUCUGCGAGGGAAUGGUUCAAUUUCACGGUAAAUGGUUUAUGUAUUAUGGCCAGGGGGAUAGCGAGCUUGGAGUUGCGACAGCUGACGUUCAGCCGUGA